AGUAAUGUCAUUCGUUAUACUCUGGAACUUAUUCUUGCCUGCUUGAGUUACGACUUUCUUGGAACGUCAGCUGGAGUCACUGGGGGAGUACUAUGCGACGAUGCUUCUUCUGGUGGUGAUGAUCUUGUUGUUGUACAGCUUCCAACCACAUGGCGCUCGGUUUUUAUUGCUGGAUCUACUAGCCGAGUUUCCGGUGCCUCACAUUCUGUGUCAAAUGAUUCCAAUACCAAUAAUCUAGAGGCCUUCGAAUUUUCUCCAGUAGAUAUAUUAUUUAGACUUUACUCCGUAUUGACACCUGAACUUUCUGCAUUGGUAAGCCAUUUUUCAUGA